AAACCCCACAAUUUGAUGAUGUCAAACUAUCUUCAUCGCAUUUCCGCCGUCGCCGCCACCUCUUCUUUUUUUUGUUCGGUACAGUACAACGUUGUCUUCUACUUCUAGUUUCCAGCAUCGAUGACCGCCUCCCUCAGCACAGAGAACUACCAGGUCUUCCGCGAGUGCCUGUCCACGGCUAUCGUGGAGAGAUUCUCCACCCCCGCGCAGCCCAAGAAAGCUCGUCGCACUCGCGGCGCCGUGUCGCAGCGCCAGAAGACGCGCAAGGAGACUGCGGGGACUUCCGCUGCUGCAGCUGCAGCUGCUGACGCCUCGCAAUCUCUCCCUGACCGUGCGAGUCCGGAGGAACUGGCCGAGUUUAUUGAUUUCCUCGCAACCGAAACCUUCCCCGCCCUGCCCCCCUCCAUCCAAACCCUAACCUACACUCCUCCACCACCACCAACAACAACAACAACAUCAUCAACGACAACAACAACAACACCUACCCCCUCCCCCUCAGAAACCGACCCCCAAACCCUCGCCUCAACCCUUUGCACCACCACCCUCCCCGCCACCGUCCACGACACCCUAACCACCUACGCCAUCCUCGCCGACCAACCCUCAUCCACACCCUCAGCAGCAGCAGCAGCAGCAGCAGCAGUAGAAGAAAACGAAGAAGCCCUAACCACCUUCUUCACCCCGAUCCUCACCGAGUACCUCGCCGCCGUGACGCGCCCGCCCCCGGUCUGGGCGACGACCCGCACCGACAGCUGCGAGAUCUGCGGCCGCGACUGGAUCCCGCUCAGCUACCACCAUCUCAUCCCGCGCAGCGUGCACGCCAAGGUGACCAAGAAGGGGUGGCACCCGGAGUGGAUGCUCAACAGUGUCGCGUGGCUGUGUCGCGCGUGCCACAGCUUUGUGCACCGGAUGGCGAGCAACGAGGAGCUGGCCAGGGAGUGGUUUACUGUGGAGCGGAUCUGCGAGCGCGAGGAUGUGAGGGUUUGGGCGGGCUGGGUGGGGAGGGUGCGGUGGAAGAGUCGAUAG